AUGGAGCUCAAUUUUACUCGAAGUGAAGGUUUUGUUGAUGCAAGGAUAUUGUCACAGUUCGAGGCAGAAAAACUUAAAUGGCGUGAAGUUUUGACAAGAAUUCUCCAUUGUAUCAAGUUUCUAGCUACGCAAAAUUUGGCUCUGCGAGGACACAGAGAGCCACAUCAUAUGCUUGACAACUCUAAUGUCGGAAAUUUUCUUGGUUUGCUGAAACUAGUAUCUACGUAUAUAUUCGAUCCAGUUAUGAAAGAACACCUGAGAAACGCUGAAAGUCAUCCUGGGUCCACUUCGUAUCUUAGCCCAUGCAUUCAGAAUGAAUUUCUUCACCUUCUGGCAUCUGCUGUUCGCUGGCGUUUACUUAAAAGUAUUCAUGUGGCCAAGUAUUAUGGUCUCAUGUUCGACUCAACUCCCGAUAUUGCCCAUCGCGAUCAAAUGUCAGAAGUCGUGAGGUUCGUGGACAUUGAUUUUGAAAAAAAAACAGUACAGGUGAAGGAAACCUUUCUUGGCUUUAUUGAAAUUACCGUGAAGAAUGCUAAGGGACUGGCGAAUUGUAUUUUAGAACAGUUAAAGAAAGAUGAAAUGGAUUUUCAAGAUUGUCGGUCACAGUGCUACGAUAAUGCUGCUGUAAUGGCUGGGCACAAAAAUGGCGUGAAUGAAAAACUGACAGAAAUAAAUAGACGUGCAUUGUUUGUAAACUGUGACAAUCACUCACUCAACUUAGUUGGUGUACAUGUAGCAAAACAAAAUGUAACAAUGGUCACUUUUUUUGGAACGAUCGAAAGUCUAUAUGCAUUUUUUUCUCGUUCAACAAGCCGUUGGGAAAAACUUAAGGAAGCUAUACCAGUUGUCAUCAAGUCCAAAUCUGAAAGCAGAUGGAGCGCAAACGUAGAAGCAAUAAAGCCAGUUAACAACUAUUUGGAGAAAAUUCUGGGAGUUCUUGAAGAAAUGACCGAAGACAAGAAUCAAACAAGUGAAACAAGGAGUGAUGUCCAGCAACUAUUCAACCGAAUGUUGAAGUAUGAUUUCUUGAUUUUGCUGGGAUUUUGGAAUAAAGUACUCAUCCGCAUUGACCGCGUUCAGAAGAGGCUGCAAGAUCCCACGAUGAAUUUUCACGAUGCUGCUGAAGAUUUGAAGGCUCUUCAAAAUUAUUUUGAAAAUGAAAGAGAGGCCAUCACUGAUAGUUCACUCGAGGAAGGGAUAAUUUUAUGUGAAAAAUGGGACGUUGCAACUGAAAGACGCCGAAGAUGA